AUGGCGCCUACCGAUGCGCGCUUUGCGCGCCUGCAGACCGACCCCCGCUUCCGUCGUCCCAAACAGAAGGCCCUCAAGGUCGAGAUCGAUGAGCGUUUCAAGGAUGUCCUCAACGAGGACUUCGGCAAGGAGAAGGGCAAGGCCCGCGUCGACAAACGUGGUCGCCCUAUUGCCACCACCCAUGGUGCCGACGAGAUGAAGCGCUUCUACCGCCUCAAGUCGGAGGAGGCCGAGGAGGAGCAGGAGGCCAAGCGCAUCGACUAUGCGCGUGGCGAGGGCAACCUCUCGUCAUCCGGUUCCGAGGACGAGGGCAGCGACGACGAGUCUGAAGUUGAGGAGGAGGAAAUGGAGCUCGGCGGCAAGCGCAAGAUGGCCUACGUCCCCUCGGAUUCUGAGAGCGACAGCGACGACGGCGACCACCUCAACAUUGACCUGUCCGAGGAGGAGUCUGCGUUCCCUCCCGAGAUGGACGGCGACGACGAGGACGAGGAAGAGGAGGAAGGUGUGGACCCCACCACGCGUAUGGCCAUUGUCAACCUCGACUGGGACAACCUGCGUGCCGGCGACCUGUACACCAUCUUCAACUCGUUCCUCAAGCACCAACCCCGCAAAGCCGACAAGGGCAUGACCCCUCCUCCCGGAAAGCUCCUGAACGUCCGCAUCUACCCUUCCGAGUUUGGAAAGGAGCGCAUGGCCAUGGAGGACGCUAUGGGCCCCGGUGGCGGUAUCUUCAAGUCUGAGCCUGGAGAGAAGAAGGCCAAGAGCAAGAAGCGUACCCAGGAGAUCUCCAUCGCCGAGAGCGAGGACGAUGACGACGAGGAUGACGACGAGGAAGUGGAUGAGGAUGACGACGACGAGGAGAUGCUCGAGGAGGAGGAUGACGAUGAGGAGGAGGACGAGGGUGAGAGCGACGGUGAGGGCGCUGGCGAGCUUGGGGACGACGGCCUGGACCCCAUUGAGGACGACCUUGAGAUCCUUUCCGACACCGUCUCCGAGGCCGGUUCCGACGACGUCGACAUGGAUAAGCUCCGCCAGUACCAGCUCGAGCGGUUACGCUACUACUACGCCGUUGCGACUUUCAGCACUGUGGAGGCCGCCGAGCUCGUCCACAACGAGCUCAACGGCACCGAGUUUGAGCGCACCGCCAACAUUCUCGACCUGAGUUUUGUUCCCGAGGGCAUGGAGUUUGCCGAGGAUGAGCUCCACGACGAGGCGACCAAGGAGCCCAAGACCUACAAGGGCAACGAAUUUGUCACCGACGCGCUGCGACACUCCAAGGUGAAGCUCACCUGGGACCAGGACGACCCGAACCGUGCCAAGAUGACUCGUCGCGCUCUCACGCGUGAGGAGAUUGAGGAGGAGGACUUUGGCGGUCUCGUUGCCGCCUCCAGCGACGAGGAGGAAGAGGAGGAGGAGGAGGAGGCCCCCGCUGCCGACAAGAAGACUAAGAAGCAGCGCAUGAAGGAGCGCAAGGACAAGCUGCGUGCCCUUUUGCUUGCCGACGACGACACUGGCGACAUUUGGGGCAAGGCCGGCAGCGCGUGGCAGGACGAGCUUGCCGACCUCAAGGGCAAGGGCAAGAAGGAGGCCGAGGACAUGGAGAUCACCUUCCGCCCUGGUCUCAGUGUCGCUGCUGCUGGCAAGGAGGCUGUCGACGAGGAGAACCUCACCACUCUCGAAAAGUACCAGCGUCGCAUGAAGGAGAAGAAGAACAAGAAGAAGGAGCAGGCCGAGCUCCGCCGUGCCGAGCGCGAUGGCAAGACCGACGGCGGCAAGGACGACAAGCCCAGCCAGGACAAGGCUGAGGACGACUUCUUUGGCGACUCGGAGUCUGAGCAGGGCGACGCUGCUCCCAAGAAGGGCGGCAAGAAGGACAAGGACGCUGCUGGCAAGAAGCGCGCCCGUUCCUUCUCUCCCGUGGACAUGGACGACCCCAACGGCCUCGUCGAGGACCAGAGCCACCACUUCUCGCUCAAGGACCACGUCAUGGCCGAAAAGCUCGAGGGCAAGAAGCGCAAGCGUAACCGCAAGAGCAAGAAGCAGGAGCGCGAGCAGGAGCUCGGUCCCGAGGGCUUCCAGGUGGACACUGCCGACCCCCGUUUUGCCGCUCUGUACGACGAGCCUACGUUUGCCAUCGACCCUACCCACCCCAAGUUCUUGGACGUCAAGGCAAACCGCGACAUUCUCAAGAAGAGCCGCGAGUCGCACGCCGCCAAGCGCGACGGCGCUGCGGGCGGUUCGGGCAACGGCGGCGCCGGCGAAAAGGACCUCAGCUCGCUCGUCGCGAGCGUCAAGGCCAAGAUGGAGAGCGGCGGCCCCAAGCGCAAGCGUACUCGCAAGCACUAG